GGGCUGGGCGGGGGGCACCUGUGCCCCCUUGGCUCUGCCCUCUGGUGGCUUUGGCAUGCCCCAUGGCAGGGGUGGGGGGGAAGGUUCUCUGCCCCCCUGGCCUCCGACCCCAUCAUCACCCAGUCGCCCUGGGACCUUAAUCAAAGCCAGAUCCCGGGGAAGGAGAGGGGGUGGGGGAGAAGGAUCAGGUGCCCCUAUUGUGCCCCCACCCAGAGGCAGGUGGGGUGGGGGAAGAAGCAGGCAAGUGGGCAUGGAGUACAGGACUCCCCCCCAGGUCCCUCCACUGGCCAAGCCCCCUCACCCAUCUCCCCCAGCCCCCCUACCCCAUCUGCCUCCUCCCUUCUUCCCCCUCUGUUUCUUCCCCAAUAACUCGGAGAUCAAAGCCAGGGGGGAUGCCAGGCCCCCCCCAUCCCAGGCCCCGCGCCCCCCCCUUCUCCCCGCCCUGCCAUUCAAUCGCUGCCCAGAAAACCGAAACCAGCCCCUUCGGCGGCGACUUUAUUAACUUUUCAUGUUGAAACCCAAAGGCUCUCUUGCGCACGCUGGGGCUAGGGCCAGGGCCAGGAUCUGUGCCCAGUAACUGGGGGAGUUGUCUGUCUGUCUGUCCGUUCCCCAUCCCACAUGCCUUGACACCUCCCAGAGGAGCUGGGGAUAGAACCCAGGCAUCCGGGCUCCCAGCCUUUGGAGGGGGAAGAGAAGGCAAAGGAGAUCAGGUCUUCUGAGUGACAGCCCCAGCUCCAGCCCCCCUGACUGGCUGAACCCCCCCAAACACUCCUCACCCCCCAAGUGUGGUAGAUGCUCCAGACCCCCUGGGAGGGGCCCCCUAAGUCAGGCUGACCUUGAGACCCCCCCACUUGCUGCUGAGCCCAUGGGGUGCCCAGGCCAGGACUGGCUGGUUGGUGAGGCCCCCAGGGUUGUGGGGGUCCUGAUACAGAGCCCUGGUGCCUGGUAGGACCCGGGAGGGGCGGGGGGGCAGGGAGCAGAGCCUGGGGGACCCCCAGCCAUCACCUGCCCUGGGGAGAUCAGGAAGAGGCUGCAGCACUCUGCUGGGCCCAAUACCGGAAGGGACAUGAAUCGGACCAGGGCCCGGGACUUCUGGGAGCAACGUGGUCGAGACCCCCACUAAGCUGGCAGGUCCCCUGGGUGCCCAGUGAUGCCCAUCCCGCUUCUGCCCAUGGUGAUGACAUCAUUCCUCUGUGCAUUCCAUGCUGCCCCCCUCCCCCCGCCUGCCCCAGAUGCUGGGGUUCCUUGGGACGGGACACCGCCUCUCCCGGAUGAGUGGGACCUGUACUCUCCCCGUGUGGCCCUGUCCCACCGGGAGCCCGCAGGGCCUCCACUGCUGCUGCUGCUGGAGGAGCCUGGGAUGCAGGCAGCAGCGGCCAAUGGGACACGGCGGGUGCGGAGGGCAGCAGAGAUGGCAGCGGCGCGGCGGGGGGAGAUGGCUGUGUGCGACAGCGUCAACGUGUGGGUGACGGACAAGCGGGCAGCUGUGGACAUCCGGGGCAAAGCAGUAACGGUGCUGUCCGAGGUGCAGACGCUGACGGGGCCCCUAAAGCAGUACUUCUUUGAGACCAAGUGCAACCCAGCUGGAGGCACCGGGGGUGGGUGCCGGGGUGUGGACCGGCGCCACUGGCUGUCCGAGUGCAAGGCCAAGCAGUCAUAUGUGCGGGCGCUCACCGUGGACUCUGAGAAGUUGGUGGGCUGGCGCUGGAUCCGUAUCGAUACAGCUUGUGUCUGCACCCUCCUCAGCCGCGCUGGGCGGACAUAGAAGCCCCAGGGAACGUGGUCUCUGUCAGCGGCUGGACAAGUUGGAGCCAUGGACGUGGUGCCUGAGGGGCCUGGAGAUGUGGGCAGGACUGCAUGGAUGGUGCUGCCACUGCUCUCCCCAUGGCCAGACUCCAGGGAUCCCACUGAUCAUGCUAGGGUCUCACAGGAAUUGGGGUCCUCAGGCAUGGUGGCUGCUGCCUGGGCCCACAGCCAGUCUCAGUGGCCUGCAUCUGUGUCCCAAGUGGUGUCAUUUCUUUGGGAUUCAACUGUUUCAUUUUGGUUAACUCUAUUUCCUACCAUAUUUAUUGCCCCCUGCCCUCCCUCUGCCCCCCAGGACUCUUGUGAUGGCUGCUCCCUGACCCCCUUGCUCCAUGUUAACUUAUUUCCUGCAGCACCUGCCCCGGUGUGCCUCCCCCCCCACCCCUGGAAAGACCUGAAUGACCCCA